CGUUGAAGGUCUUCAUGCUAUUGUCGUCUCGGAUAGAGAUGGAGUGCCUGUUAUCAAAGUUGCCAAUGAUAACGCUCCAGAACAUGCGCUGCGACCAGGCUUUCUGUCUACUUUUGCCCUUGCCACAGAUCAGGGCAGUAAACUGGGACUGUCUAAAAACAAAAGUAUCAUCUGCUAUUACAAUACAUACCAGGUGGUGCAGUUCAAUCGCUUACCUUUGGUAGUAAGCUUCAUUGCUAGCAGCAAUGCCAAUACCGGGCUGAUUCUAAGUCUAGAGAAGGAGCUUGCACCUCUGUUUGAAGAACUGAGGCAGGUUGUUGAAGUUUCUUAA